UAUUAUGCUGAGGCUUCCCCAAUGGAAUCAAAAUUUUCAGAGUUUCAAAUCUAUCCUUCGGAAAACCUGAUCCAAAUUUCGACGUACAAAUCAUGGCACUCCUUAACGACAAUGAAAAGAAACCUGGAGAGGAGGAUGCAGACGGCGAUUCUGAAAGCCCGACACCUGAGAACGACGUGGUCAAUGUCUAUCCCUCUAAAGCGAGUAGGUCCGCUAUACACUCUGGGCUAGUCGGCCUUAUCCGAUCAUGGCUCGCGAAGCCCUACAACCCUGGGCCGAAACCGAUCAUCAACAAACUGAAUGAAUACCCUAGAGGAUAUCCACAUUUAGCGGCUUUUCUGGACAGCCACGAAAAUUUCAUGAUCUAUCGCCGCUUUGGCUAUCUCCAGGCCAGGUUGAUUCUUCGAAAACAAGAUGAGCUUCGUGAACUCGAAGACGAGCUCAAAGACAUUGACACCGAAGUUGCUAUGAAUCAUAAGGAGCGACUGACCACUCGCAUGUGGGAUUCAGUGGAGCAGAAGAAGUUGAUGAAAAAAAUUGAGUCAAAUUUCCGCUCAUAUGCGAGUUUACUUCAGUCUGCACAAGCGAUGAAUGGAUUUACUCGCCCAAAGCCAGCUGACUAUAAUAGUGUUAGUAACUAUAUACAGAACAGGAGACCUCUUUGGCAUGGCGAGGACGAGUGGAUUCUCCAUCAGGAAGACAUGGUCACCCUCCGUGCUGCGAGAGGCCUCGCAUGGCUGGACAGCCUGGUCGAGGGACUCAUCCGGACGUUUGCAUGUGGACUGCUCCAGAAAAUAUUCACAUCGAAAGACACAGAGACAAAAUUCGAGGACUGUAAAGACUGGGCAAACAACGAGCAUGCGUACGACCGUAAAGAUGAGACAUAUUACACCUCCAGACGGAUUACCAAUUUUUCCAAUGGCAUCCUAGUGAUGUUAAUUCUGAUUCUGCCAAUCGUUCCAAUCUCCAUCAUGUAUUAUAUGAUCAGAGAAGUGUGAGCCUAGUUGAGAUACUAGGCAUUUAACGAAGUGGAGAGAAGAGGUAUAGUCAGACGUCUGUCUAUUAGUCCAGGAUAAUGCGUCCAAUAGAUAAUCAUGUCACACAAAUUUUGAGGGGGCGG